CCCCCCAAUUACAGUUUUGGCGGCAAAAGCUGCGAAGUUCCAUAGUCUUCCGAUUAGGGUUUUCUCUCUCCAGAAAAGUCACACCCUGACAUCAUCCAUGGAAGGUGGCGCUGAGAAGUCCCCGAUUAUCAGGCCGAUAAACAAGAGCGCCGUCCACAAAAUCUGCGCUGGGCAAGUUAUAUUGGACCUCUCGUCCGCGGUGAAGGAGCUCGUCGAGAACAGCCUCGACGCCGGCGCCACCAGCGUCGAGAUAUCGUUGAAGGAUUACGGCCAGGAAUCCUUUCAAGUCAUUGACAAUGGCUCCGGCAUUUCCCCGCAUAAUUUCAAAGUUCUGGCACUGAAGCACCACACAUCCAAGCUACUGGAUUUUCCAGACCUUCAGUCCUUGAAAACUUACGGAUUUCGAGGGGAGGCAUUGAGUUCACUGUGUGCAUUGGGGGAUUUGACUGUGGAGACUCGCACGGUGAAUGAGGUUGUUGCGACACACCUCACAUAUGAUCACAUGGGUCUUCUGACAGCUGAGAGGAAGACUGCACGUCAAGUUGGCACCACAAUUACUGUCAAGAAGUUGUUCUCCAAUUUACCUGUGAGGAGCAAAGAAUUUCGCCGAAAUAUCCGCAAGGAAUAUGGCAAACUAAUCAGCUUGUUGAAUGCCUAUGCUCUUAUUGCUAAAGGAGUUAGACUGGUUUGCUCUAAUACAACUGGAAAAAAUGUUAGAUCUGUAGUGCUCAAGACGCAGGGUAGUGAAUCCCUCAAAGAGAAUAUUAUUAUGGUCUUCGGUAUGAGUACUUUUUCCUGCUUAGAUCCCGUCAGACUCAGCAUAUCAGAUGAUUACUUGGUUGAAGGCUUUGUUUCCAAGCCUGGAAAUGGAAGCGGGCGCAAUAUAGGGGAUCGACAAUUCUUCUUUGUUAAUGGCCGUCCAGUUGACAUGCCGAAAGUUGGGAAGCUUGUGAACGAGUUAUAUAGAGGUGCAAAUUCCAGACAAUAUCCUAUCGCCAUUAUGAAUUUCUCUGUGCCAACUAGAACGUAUGAUGUGAAUGUUACUCCUGACAAAAGAAAACUAUUUUUUUUCGAUGAAAACUACAUCUUACAGUCCUUGAGAGAAGCUUUAGAGAAGAUUUAUUCAUCUAGCCAGGCAAGUUAUUCAGUUAACAAAAUAGAUGAACUCCAUGAGGACAAGCUUGCCCCCGAUAUGAAUUCCCUUCAUGAGAGAUCUCAAUUGCCUUCUAAGGGCUUAUUUACAGACAUUGGUGUAGUGCAUGAAGAAAAAGAUGAUAAACUAUCUGGGAAUGAUGGUAUUAAUCUCUCAGCUGAUCAAGAUUUGUCCGAUGAGGAGAUGAUACACAGUGGUGGUGGUGCUUCUUCAGCUAUAGAAGGGUUUGCCCUUGGAGUUCAUGGCAAUCAGAAGGGCAGCUCUUCCAUAAGCCCUCUUAAGAAAAUUAGGGAUUUUGUUUCUGGCAAAACUGACAAACAUUCUUCUUUGCAGUUAAAUUCAACUAAGAAAGGCAGCGAUAAUAUCGUUAAUUCAAUUGGUCAUUCGAGUAUUACACAGAUGUCACUUGACAAAUUUGUUACUGUGAAUAAGAGAAAACAUGAUAGUCUUGAAACUGCAUUAUCUGAAGUUCCACUGCUCAGAAGUGGACCUCCUAUGGGUAGAUUAAGAGAGAACAGCUCCCCAAAGCGUACUGCAUCUCCAAUAUCGCCUGACAAUUGUGUCAAGGUCGAUAGUUCCAGUAAAGUCAACAUUUGUGAGCCUCAGCCAGGCAUAUUAUCAAAUAUCGACAGCAUCUGUGGGGAAGCAGAUAUGGGUUUUUUGUUUCCUUGUGGACAGAGAAAGUACAGUAGAGCCACAGAUGACGCAGAUGCAACUGUUCUUUUUCCUUGUGUAGAUGACAGGCAAAAUGAAGUUACAGAGAAGUUUGAAGUGCUGGAUCAUAAAGCUCAAGAGAGAGUACUAGAUGACGAUUCUGCUCUGAAUGCUUCAGCUAGCACUAAUUCUAAACUUUCACCAAAUGAUCCUUCAGAUGUACCUAUUCCAUUACAAUCUUCAGGUGCAGCAACGGACUCUCCCAUGAUUUCUUCGGGUCCAAAGGUUGGUUUCACUUUGCAGUUUAGUGUUAAAGAUUUGAUGUCAAGGAGCAAGCAGAGGCUGUCAAGACUCCGGUGCAUGAAUCAUGCUUCUGGAAGAUUUAAGUUACAAGGAGGUUUCGCUGCCGCAUCAUUGGAGCUUUCACAAGUAGUAAACGAAGAGGGGAAGGCUAAAGCCUUAGCUGCUGCUACCAGUGAGUUGGAAAGACUGUUUAAGAAGGAAGAUUUCAAGCAAAUGAAGGUUAUAGGACAAUUUAAUCUUGGCUUCAUUAUCGGGAAGUUAGACCAGGACCUUUUUAUAGUGGAUCAGCAUGCUGCAGAUGAGAAAUACAACUAUGAGCGCCUUUCAAGAACUACUGUUUUAAACCAGCAACCUUUACUUCGGCCACUAAAAAUGGAAUUAGCUCCUGAAGAAGAGAUAGUCAUCUCCAUGCACAUGGACACCUUCAGGAAAAAUGGUUUUUUAUUGGAGGAAGACAUGUAUGCUCCUUCAGGACAUCGAUUUAUACUGAAAGCAGUUCCCUUCAGCAAAAAUAUAACUUUUGGGGUUCCAGAUGUAAAGGAACUUAUUUCUAUUCUAUCUGAUAGUCAUGGAGACUGCUCCAUGAUUGGCAGUUACCGAUCAGACACUGCCGAUUCAGUCUGCCCACCCAAAAUACGUGCAAUGCUAGCAUCUCGUGCUUGCAGGUCAUCCAUUAUGAUUGGUGAUUCACUUGGGAAGAAUGAGAUGCACAAGGUAUUAGAACAUUUGGCGAUUCUCAAGUCUCCUUGGAACUGCCCGCAUGGCAGACCGACAAUGCGACACUUGGUUGACUUAAAAACUGUCCGAAGAAGAACAGAUGAAGAAGAGCUGUGACAAGCCCUCUACUUCCAAGUUCCCCCAUUGGUUGUGUGCAUAAAUUAUUGAUUGGUAAUGUUGGUUAAUGACUUAAUUAACUUGGUCAUUUUUUAUGUCCUAAUCAGGAUUUGUAGUAAUGUUAGCCAGUUUUAAACUGUAAAUAGGAGAGCAGGAACUGCCCUUUCAAGUCAUUUGUGCACCUUUUAGAGCUAAACCUGUAGUAGAUGCCCCACCAUAUCAAGGUAA